CCGAAGCGUUGUGCAUCUCCCCACUCAUCUCUGGUAAAAUUGACAGGAAAUGACAGUCAUGAGUGUUAUAAGUUCUAUAAUUUUGUAUAAUUUUUGUAUUUUCCCUAGAACUCGUUGGUAGCAUUGUAUACCUAUAAUUUACCAGUUUAAAGGUACGGGAGGUGUGUUUUGUUCAAAGGUGUAAGCAAAAGAAAAAUUUUAACAAUAACAUUUUUAUAAAAUAAAAUGGAUUACAAAGAGGAGCAAAAUAAUGAGAUUGAAGCUCUCGAGUCGAUAUACUGUGGAGAAUUAGAAAUCUUAACAACAGAGCCAUUCCAUAAAUUUGCAAUACCAAUAAAAUCAGAGGAGUACGAACCAGAAACUAUAAAUGGUCUGGCUUGUAGAUUGGAAUUUGUGUAUACAUCUAAAUAUCCUGAUGAACCUCUAAAUAUAUUCAUAGAGGAACAAGAGAAUUUCGAAGAAGGUGAUGAGAAAAAAUUAAAGGAUCAUCUUGCUGAACAAAUUAAUGAAAACUUAGGCAUGGUUAUGGUAUUCACAUUGGUUAGCGCAGCUCAGGAGUGGCUAAAUGUACAAUGGGACAGAGUAAAAUUACAAAGAGAAGAGAAAGCUGCACGUAAAUUGAGAGAAGAAGAAGAAGCAGAAUUGAAAAGAUUCGAAGGCACAAGGGUUACAGUAGAAACAUUUUUAAGUUGGAAAGAGAAGUUUGAUGAGCAGAUGGGUCACACAAAGCGGAGAGAAAUAGCAGAGAAAGAAGGAAAGAAAUUAACGGGGAGAGAACUCUUUAUGACAGAUAAAACAUUGGAUCAAUCUGAUCUCAAAUUCUUGGAGGAUGGUGAUCCUGUAAAGGUUGAUGAGAGUUUAUUUCAACACCUGGAUGACUUGGACUUGGAUGAUGAAGAUGAUGAAGAUGAUAUAGACUUUGAUCCAAAUAAUAUUUCUGAUGACAGUGCCUAAUAAACACUAAAAUUAAAUGGUUCCUGUGUUAUCUGUGAAAUGGUUCAAAGUAUUUGCAUCGAUCAUGAGAACUUUACAGUCGACAAUUGUAUAUUGAAAAUCAUACAGAUUGUUCAAUUAAACUUAUAUUAAGGUACAGUGCAGCGCUUUCGCUCGGUAUGAAAAUGCCACGUUGCUGCAUCGGUAGUUAAUAAUUUACGCUAGUUCAAUCAGAAAGUUGAAGAAUGAAAGAAUGUGAUCACGGCGUGCGUCUCAAGUGUUUUUAUAUUUCUGUACAUAGCUGAGAAUAUUACGUUCAUAAAGCUUUGUUUAACGAAAUACACAAUGUUCAGAAAA